GCUCGCACGUUGCCGCGCAUGGUUCAGUUCGGUUACGGGCUGGUUUAAACAGCAUUUCCCUUAUAUUGUGGAAAAGCGCAUCGUGAACAGCUAUCGGAAGCGCAGCGCAAUUUCCUAACACUUGGCAUUGAAGCGGCUUUUGUUGAAUGCUCAGGUUUUUGGUUGAUGAAAUUUAAGUUGGGUGUCGCAAGCUUAAAGAGCUUAUCACAAAACAAAAAAGGAAAAACAAGAAAUAAAUAUUAAAAAGUGCAGCCAAAACAAUUAAGUAGGUGUUGUUAUUGUUAUUGAGAGUGCACUGUGCUAUUGUUAGGCGACAACAUGUGGCCGCUAAAGCUUAUUGUAAGCUGUGGCGUGCUCCUGGCGGCAGUUCAAUGCUUUGAGAUGAACAUGACGCAGUAUUACGAGAUGCCGCAGCUUUACGACUUCGAUGACUACGAUCGCUGUCUGCAGGAGUUCGGGGCAAGCGACGACACAGCCACCUAUUGCUUUGUGCGCGCCGAGGUGCAACCGAAUAGAACAACAGCCGCCUGGCGUGCCAUACAGGAGAUCUCCAAGUUUGAUCGGCAUCACUUUGAUCAUCGCCAGCUCUACUUUGGCCUGUGCGUGCACAAGUGCGAGGCGCAGCUGGCGGAACUGGAUGCAAAUGCCAUUCAGCAGCUGCAGGCGGGCAUUCUCACAGACAAUGCCAAGGUGAACGUGUAUCUGGAACUGUUCGCCAUGGAGUCGGCCAAUCGGGCGCGUUACAACGAACUGAGCAACGCCUGCCUUAACUGGCGCUUGCAGCAGCGCAACUUUGGAGUUCGGGCCAAGAGUGUGGUGGAGUAUUGCGAUACGACAGCGACCGCCGGCAAGGUCAGCGAAGAGGAUGAUCCCUGGAACUUGGGCUUCUAUGUUUUAGUCUGUGCCCUCAUCCUGUUGUCCUGCCUGAGCAGCCUCGUCGAUUUGCAUUUGAAGCGCCGGCGACAUGAUAAAAUGUUGAAGGAGCGCGAUCAUUAUAAGACGCCGCCACGUAGCCUGGUCACGCGCCUGCUGCUGACGUGCUCCGUGGCCAGGAAUUGGUAUCGAUUGAAUCAGGAGCCAAAUGGCAAGAUCGGACGCGAAUUGCGUUUUCUCGAUUGCUUCAAGUUCUUUGCCAUGUUCCUGGUCAUCUUUGCGCACACCAAUUGGGUGAUCUACGAGAGCGCCAUCAGUAAUCCUCAAGAUCCGGAGCGCAUGCUGCACACGGCUGCCGGCACGCUCCUAAUCUCCGGUUCGCUCAUCACCGUCACCUUCUUUGUGAUUAGCGGCUUGCUGCUGACCAUCAACUGGCUGGCGGUGACACGGGCGCUGACGGACGACAAGAACGAGACGUGGAGCCUGGCCAAAUAUGCGGCACUCUUUGUCAAGUUCAAUGUGUUUCGCUAUAUACGCCUCACGGUGCCCUACGGCUUUGUGCUGUUGCUGAGCGGCGUUUACUUUGAGAACGCCGGCGGUCCGCUCUGGCGGCACAUUUACCAGCGGGAGCAGCUGGCCUGCCGCAAGAACUGGUGGACCAAUUUGCUAUUUAUUAACAAUUUUGUGCGAACCGAUGAGCGUUGCCUGCUGCAGGGCUGGUAUUUGGCCGCGGACACGCAAUCCUUUGCCUUGAGCUUGUUGGUGCUGAUACUGGGACAUCGCUUUGGACGCUGGAGCAAGCAGCUCUAUGGCAUCGUGCUGGCCAUCUUUAUGCUGCUGCCCGCUGUGCUCACAUAUGUCUUUGACUACUAUCCCAUUUUCCUGCCAACGCCGCAAACCCAGAAGGACUCGUUUAUUGGCGAUCGUCAGUUUACUGAGUUUUAUACAUCCUUUCAAAUGAAUUUCGGCGCCUAUUUCUGUGGCGUCCUGGCGGCCAUUGCCUACGAUCAGCUGUCCCUCAAGCAGUACAAGCUGCGUGAGCUGCGCAGCUUUCAAGUGUUCUGGUUCAGUUUGUUUCCAGUGGGUGUCUUGUGGCUCUUCACGGCUCAUCCCAUUUAUCAGCAUUAUUAUACGGAAACUCCGCGCUUCUGGGGCGCCAUCUAUGCGACCGUACAGCGCAACUUUUGGGCCUUUGGUCUGAGCAUACUCGUUGUGGGAAUGGCUGCCAAAGUGGGAUGGAUUCUACGCAAGUUUGCCUGCCUACCCAUAUUUCGCAUACUGGGUCGACUGACCUACGGCGCCUUCAUUGUACAUCUCCUGGUGGCACGUCUGGCGCUGGCCACGGUACGUGAGCCCAUAUACUUUGGCACGGGCACAAUGUUUGCUUAUAUAUUCUACGUGUUAUGCGCCUCGUAUCUGAGUUCUCUGCUUCUGGCCAUUUUUGUGGAGUUGCCUGUAUCAUCAUGUCUUAAGCUGUUGCGCUAGUCCAAGUUAAACGAAAAUGUUGAUGACAUUUGCUUAAAGUAACUCUCUAAGGAUUAGUUUUAUCAAGCAAGUCACCGAAAGCUUAAAGUUUUCUUAAAACUUUAAGAGUUAUCAGCUUGUUGAAAGACAAAUUUGCAGAAGCUUCAAGUUAGCUUUAUAGUGUUUAUCUAGAAAACCGAAAACAAGUGAAAGCAAACAAAGCCCAAGCAAAGGGUUUAUUAGAUUAAAGUAUAAAAUAUUUCGAAUUGAUUCUUUUAAACCUUACUUCAAGCAAGUGUCGUCAUUGUGUAAAUUAAACUUUUAACUUAUGCUAAAGAUUUUUGUUAGUAAAACCUAAAUUUAAGUAACUUAAACUUAAUAAAGCCCAAAGUCUCGUUUAAUACCAAGGAGUUAUCGGUAUCAAAGUGUAUCAAUAGAAAGACAAAAAGUAUUCAAACCACAGUAAAAAUCGUAUUAGCUGUGCUCAAUGUGUAAAU